AUGGAGCUUGAUCAUUGUUUGGAGCAAUUAUAUGCUGGAAAGCUACUUCCAGAGGCAACUUUACGAGCUCUAUGUUUUAAAUUAAAGGAAUUGUUGACAAAAGAAUCAAAUGUCGUCCAUGUCUCUACCCCAAUUACUGUUGUCGGUGAUAUUCAUGGUCAGUUCCAUGAUUUACUAGAAAUUUUUCAGAUAGGAGGCUCUGUCCCAGAUACAAAUUAUCUGUUUUUAGGAGAUUAUGUCGAUCGAGGUCUAUACAGUGUUGAGACUAUCUCAUUGCUAAUAGUCCUUAAGUUGAGAUUUCCCAGUCGAAUUCACUUGAUUCGCGGCAAUCAUGAAUCAAGACAGAUUACACAAAGUUACGGGUUUUAUACAGAGUGCUGUAACAAGUAUGGCGGAAAUAGUAAAGUGUGGACAUAUUUCACAGAUAUGUUUGACUACUUGGUGCUUUGUUGUAUAAUUGAUAACGAAAUAUUUUGCGUACAUGGAGGCUUGUCGCCAAACGUUCAAACCAUUGAUCAGAUACGAAUUAUCGAUCGAAUCAGGGAGAUUCCCCAUGACGGUGCAAUGGCGGACCUAGUGUGGUCGGACCCCGACGAUGACCGGGACGACGUGAUAGAUGCCCUGUCACAGUUCAAGGUUUCCCCUAGAGGUGCUGGUUACACCUUUGGGAAAGCUGUUGUAGAGAAAUUCUUACAGCUAAAUCAUAUGUCGAAAAUCUACCGUGCCCAUCAGCUUUGUAAUGAGGGAUAUCAGGUUUAUUUUCAAGGACUUGUGACCACCAUAUGGUCAGCUCCUAACUAUUGCUACCGUUGUGGGAAUAGGGCUUCAAUCUUAGAAGUAUACAGUACACAGGACUACUACUUUAAUGUAUUUGAGGAAGCGCCGGAGAAUAAAUUGCUAAAUAAUACGUUCAUAGGCAACUCCAGCGGGAUGUACGGUAACUUUUUUGAUGAGGAAAGGCCUCAAGAUGUAUUCUCCGACGAGUUUCAAACCACAUCAGCAUUUAAUAGGCAUGUCGAAUAUUUUCUGUAG